AUGGAAGCAUCAGCAUCAACAUCGUCAUCACCGCCAUCCCUCCUCACCCUCCCCUUCGAGCUGCGCGCCGCAAUCAUCACCGAUGUCAUCCUCGACUCUCCCCGCCCAGCCCCCAACCACCCAGCCGAGCUCUCCCCCCAAGAGCGCCGCACCGUCCCAGCAUCCGAAUCGGGAGCGUGGGAAGAAAGCCGCCGGGUGCGCUUCGAACGGGCUCCCCCUCCAAACCCGGCCCUCGCCUUGCUCCUCACCAACCAGCAGCUGCACAGCGAGACGCACAGCCUCUUGUCCUCCAGAUCGCUCUGCCGUCCUCUGCGUUACACGCUCGACGUCGCCUACCUCCAGGACUGCACCCUUUGGCCUACCUGGCUUUCAGUCCCGCAGCGUGCCUCGCAUGUCGAUGAGCUGAAGGUCCAGUUCCGCGUGUUCAACUGUCCCGCCGACAUGUGGAUGACGGAGAAACCGUCUCGCGGCAUGUUCCGCAUCGGGGACGGGGCGCCCGAAGCUAUUGUGUGGAUCUUUUACCAUCUCAUGCAUGUCGCGCUGGCACACGGACCUUGCGGACGUCCCAUCACGGUCGGGCGGCUGGUCCUCGACUUUUUGCCUACAGACGAGGAGGACAUAAUCCCGUUGGUUGUGAGGAGGUACCGCACGAGGUUGUCAGAUUUGACUAACCCACGCGACUUUUUUCGUCUGAGGAGGGCUGACAACUGUCCCAACCCAGUCUUGGAUCCCACCGACUUCAAGACACAUGCCGCGGCCGCCAUGAUGUGCUUUGUCGAGCGCGAGCUGGACAUGCUGUUGGGUAUCGGGGCAGACAUGUUCGGAUACGGCAGAGUCAUCUACGAGAACAUCGGGGAAAUCGAGUAUCGUGUGGCCGGCAAGGCGCAGGGAGAGGCCGGCGUGGCCUGGCGGCUCGCCCACACGGCCAUGUGGGGCAUGAAUGCCACGAGCUUCAGCCGGCAGAGUUGGUACACCAAAUUCUGCCCGUGGCUUCCCAAGGUCCAAGAAAGAAGGCGGAAGCUGGGAAUGCCGGUGGUUUCCAGCGGCGCAGAAGGAGCGCCCGCGGACGGGGACGAGAACGAAGGCAGCGAGGCCUGA